GCGCGGAGGACUCGCUGGAGCAGGCAGGUGGAGGGAGGAGUGGUCCAGAGAGUAACUGCCCGGAGUUGGUGCGCCACAGACUCUGCAAGCAGCGGGGAGGAAGCGGCUACGUGGGGUGCUGGGGUCUCCUGGGCAGAGAGAGGGCCCUGACCCGGCUAGCUACGUGGUGUGGGGGGGCUGUCACUCACCACGCAGGGCCGGAGGAGAUGACACAUGGGGUCUCAACACUCCUCUGCUCACACGUUUUGUCAGCGAAAGGAGGCUGACAACGCGGAGGACUUGCUGGCUGAUAGAGAGCAGGAGGAAGCCAUCGCCCAGUUCCCCUACGUGGAGUUCACCGGGAGAAACAGCAUCACCUGCCACACCUGCCAAGGCGCGGGCUACAUCCCAGCAGAGCAAGUCAAUGAGUUGGUGGCCCUGAUACCCCACAGUGACCAGAGGUUGCGUCCUCAGAGAACUAAACAGUAUGUGCUCCUGUCAGUCCUGCUCUGUCUCCUGGCAUCUGGCUUGGUGUUCUUCUUCCUGUUUCCACACUCAGUCCUUGUGGAUGAUGAUGGCGUCCAAGUGGCCAAAGUCACCUUUAAUAAACAGGACUCCCUCGUGAUCCUCGCUGUCACGGCUACCCUGAAAAUCAGGAACUCCAACUUCUAUUCUGUGGCCGUGACCAACCUGUUGAGCCAGGUUCAGUACAUGAGGGCCGUGGUUGGCACACACAUGACUGCUAAUGUCUCACUCAUCCCCCCGAGGAGUGAGCGCCUGGUGAAUUUCACGGUGAAGGCUGAGGUGGGAGGACCGUCUUCCUAUGUGUACUUCUACUGCACCAUCCCUGCCAUCCUGGUGCACAACAUCGUUAUCUUCAUGAGGACCUCUGUGAAGAUUUCAUACAUUGGCCACAUCUCCCAGAGCACCUUGGAGACACAACACUAUGUGGAUUGUGGAGCGAAUUCCACAGCUGUCUAGAGCCUGCUCUUAGUCCUCCCGGGGCCCACACCUGUAGGAGGCUUCACAUCUGUCCCUAGGCCCAGCAUCUGUGCUGGCCUGGCACCCACAUGGAGUGACUGAGCGGAGGAGGAAGCCAUGGGGGGAAGCUGCCCCUCCCAGCACCUUGGGUUUUUCCGGGAAACAGCAAAAUCACUGCCCAGUGCCUAGUCCGUGCCUAGCAAAUAGUUAGCGCUCAACUACAGUCUGAAGAAUUGAGUUCGGAUAUGUUGGCUGCUCUUGAGUCAUUCCUUACGUGUUGAGGUGGACCAGGGUUCUAGGUUCCGGACCAGAGUGACGUGGAAGUAGGUGGCUGCUGCAUCUGCCGAUGUGCAGGUGCCAUAGGUGCAAAGAAGCGCCAGCAGGAGAGGCGAGCACAACGCCUGUGGGGAGCCCCUCGGUGGCUGCAUUGGUUUCUGUGCUCCCCAACACCCAGCAGCUUUCCAGAAAGGUUUUGGUAGUUUUCCUUCCCCUUACAAAGUUAAUACUGCCCCACCCCACCCCUGGGGUCUGUUGAAGGCUUCGAUGAACCUUCCAUCUACUGGCUGGACGUGGAUUGGGGAUUGGAAAGAAAAAUAAAGCCUGCUUUUGGUUGA